CUCAGGCUCCUUUCCCAUUUGUAGCAGAGCUUGGCUGCUGGGAUUUCCAGUGUCCCUUGACUGACAAGUAUCUUCUCGCUUUUUAUUUUUGAAUCCUCACUCUUUGGUGCAGAGGAACAAGAUGGGAAGCGUAAGGAAACUCCUUGCUUGGCUUGUGCUGGUGGCCCUGGCCCUAUUGAACAGCAAAUGCCAAGCACAACGCAACUGUCAAGUCAGCAAUUUCAAAGUGCAGGAAAAUUUCGACAAAACCCGAUAUGCUGGCCUUUGGUAUGCCGUGGCCAAGAAGGACCCUGAAGGAUUGUUUCUUCAGGAUAACAUCAUUGCCCAGUUUUUUGUGGAUGAAAAUGGGAAGAUGACUGCUACGGCCAGGGGAAGAGUCGAGCUCUUCAAUAACUGGGAGUUAUGUGCUGACAUGGUUGGCACUUUCACAGAGACAGAGGAUCCUGCCAAGUUCAAAAUGAAAUAUUGGGGCAUGGCGUCCUAUCUUCAGAAGGGAAAUGAUGACCACUGGGUAAUAGCCACAGAUUACGACACAUAUGCUCUACAUUAUUCUUGCCGUUUGGUCAAUGAUGAUGGCACCUGCGCUGACAGCUACUCCUUUGUGUUCUCUCGGGACGCGAACGGGUUGUCUCCGGAAGCGCAAAGAAUUGUCCGACAAAAGCAGACAGAAAUAUGCUUAGAGAGACAGUACAGGGUCAUUGUCCACAAUGGAUACUGCUCUUCUUAAGAAGAAUGUACUCGACGGGAGCCAUUACGUAGUUGUAAAAUGUAUAAACUGUUUUGUAGGAAGGCAUUCAAGGGGAUUCAUUUAGUGACUAUAUUUAUCUGAAUUGUGCCAUUUAUCCUGCCAGCAAGUCAGUGGAAUUUAAUAAAUGGAGAUUAUUUGAAUGGAAUACUGCUUGCAUUGCAAACACACUACCAGUGGAUUUCAAUUCAUAGUAUGUAAUCUGACACACAGACCAUUUACCUCCUUUUAAUAUUAAAGCUUGCACCUUAUUAAAAGUCUGCAAACUCUUAUGACUUUGAAA